GCCCGUCCCGUGCCCGUGGAGUCACGUGCCUACGUCGUAGCCAAUCGCCGGGCGGCGCUGUCCUGGGAGCGAGGAGGCUGUGGUGAGAGACGGACGGAGACCGGAGAUGUUUUCAAGCCCGGCCUCCGCGGGGUUCGUGGCGGUUGCAGCGGCGACGAAGACAACGACAGCGACGGCAACACCGAGGCACUCGUUCAGGGGGUAAACCCUCCUGCGCCGUUAGUGCCUUGGGUCCGUGAGGGUGAGGGGGGCGUGGCGACAGGCGAGGAGGAAGGAGGGGCGCGGUUUCGAGCCCCGUACCCGGCGCCUGGGAGGAGACCCCUCAGUUCUGCGCUGCUCCCGUCUCCCCUCAUCAGAGCAAGAUCCAGGAUGAGAAGACUGACAAAAGAAAGAAGCUAGCUGAACAGCUAUAAGAUGCCCAAAUCUGGGUUCACAAAACCAGUUCAGAGUGAAAAUUCUGACAGUGACAGCAAUAUGGUAGAAAAACCAUAUGGAAGAAAGAGUAAAGACAAGAUUGCAUCAUACAGUAAAACUCCAAAAAUUGACCGAAGUGAUGUGGGCAAGGAGAUGAAAGAGAAAUCGUCCAUGAAACGUAAACUUCCUUUUACCAUUAGCCCAUCAAGAAAUGAAGAACGAGAUUCAGACACAGAUUCAGAUCCAGGACAUACAAGUGAAAAUUGGGGGGAGAGACUUAUAUCUUCUUACAGGACAUACUCAGAGAAAGAAGGUCCAGAAAAGAAGAAAACAAAAAAGGAAGCUGGAAAUAAGAAGUCCACGCCAGUUAGCAUUCUUUUUGGUUAUCCACUCUCUGAGCGGAAGCAGAUGGCACUCCUUAUGCAGAUGACAGCAAGAGACAACAGUCCAGAUUCCACACCAAAUCAUCCAUCACAAACGACACCAGCCCAGAAGAAAACUCCCAGUUCCUCAUCUCGACAAAAAGACAAAGUUAAUAAAAGAAAUGAACGUGGUGAAACUCCUUUACACAUGGCAGCUAUUCGAGGAGAUGUGAAACAAGUCAAAGAGUUAAUAAGUUUAGGGGCAAAUGUGAAUGUGAAAGAUUUUGCAGGUUGGACACCAUUGCAUGAAGCUUGCAACGUUGGAUAUUAUGAUGUUGCUAAGAUACUUAUAGCAGCUGGAGCAGAUGUUAACACACAAGGAUUAGAUGAUGACACUCCACUCCAUGAUUCUGCUAGUAGUGGGCACAGAGAUAUAGUCAAACUGUUACUUCGUCAUGGUGGAAAUCCAUUUCAAGCUAAUAAGCACGGGGAGCGCCCAGUGGAUGUAGCAGAGACAGAGGAGUUGGAAUUGCUGCUAAAAAGAGAGGUGCCUUUGUCUGAUGAUGAUGAAAGUUACACAGAUUCUGAAGAGGCUCGGUCUGUAAAUCCUUCCAGUGUUGAUGAAAACAUUGACUCUGAGACAGAGAAAGACUCUCUCAUCUGUGAAAGUAAACAGAUAAUUCCCAGCAAAGCACCUCUUCCAUCUGCUCUUGAUGAAUAUGAGUUCAAAGAUGAUGAUGAUGAAGAAAUAAAUAAAAUGAUUGAUGACAGGCAUAUUCUUAGAAAAGAGCUACGGAAAGAGAAUGAAGGUGAAGUAGAAAAGAAUAGCUUAUUUGCAAAACAGGAGAAAGCUUUCUAUCCUAAAUCAUUUAAAAGUAAAAAACAAAAGCCAUCUAGAGUUUUGUAUUCAAGUUCUGAAAGUUCAGAUGAAGAAAUUCUUCAGAAUAAAAAGGUUUCUGCUCCAUCUUCUGUCCCUGAAACAUCAAAUUCUGAUACACAAACCAAAAAGGAAUAUGGAGCUUCAACUGAACACAAACAGAAAGGCAAAGUUAAAAGAAAAUUAAAGAAUCAGAACAAAAAUAAAGAGAAUCAAGAGCUGAAGCAAGAAAAAGAGGGAAAAGAAAAUACCAGAGUAACAAACUUGACAGUUAAUACUGCACUCGAUUGUUCAGAAAAGACCAGAGAAGAGGGGAAUUUUAGGAAAUCUUUUAGCCCAAAAGAUGAUACUUCGUUACAUUUAUUUCAUAUUUCCACUGGUAAAUCUCCUAAACAUUCUUGUGGACUAAGUGAAAAGCAGUCAACACCACUAAAACAAGAACAUACUAAAACAUGUUUAUCACCAGGAAGUUCUGAAAUGUCAUUACAGCCUGAUCUUAUCCGGUAUGAUAACACAGAAUCUGAAUUCUUGCCAGAAAGUUCAAGUGUAAAAUCUUGUAAGCAUAAGGAAAAAAAUAAACAUCAGAAAGAUUUCCACUUAGAAUUUGGUGAAAAGUCAAAUGCCAAAGUAAAAGAUGAAGAUCAUAGUCCGACAUUUGAAAAUUCAGACUGCACACUGAAAAAAAUGGAUAAAGAGGGUAAAACAUUAAAAAAGCAUAAAUUGAAACACAAAGAAAGGGAAAAAGAAAAGCAUAAAAAAGAAAUUGAAAGUGAAAAGGAAAAAUACAAAAAUAGAGAUAGUGCUAAAGAGCUGCAGCGGAGUGUAGAAUUUGAUAGAGAAUUUUGGAAAGAGAAUUUUUUUAAAAGUGAUGAAACUGAAGAUCUGUUUUUAAAUAUGGAACAUGAGUCCCUAACAUUGGAAAAAAAAUCAAAGUUGGAAAAAAACGUAAAAGAUGAUAAAUCAACCAAGGAAAAGCAUGUUUCAAAAGAGAGGAAUUUUAAAGAAGAACGAGAGAAGAUUAAAAAGGAAAAUGAAAAAUCUUUUAGGGAGGAAAAAAUAAAAGACUUAAAAGAAGAAAGAGAGACUGUACCCAUAGAUAAAGAAACAGAAUUCAGUUCUUUAGGAACAAAUGCCAUUGAAGAAUCUAUAGGGUUACAUUCAAUGGAAAAGGAAAUAGAGAUUGAAAAACAAGAAAAGCAUGUAAAAGAAAGGGAAAAAUCAGAAAAGCGGUUUCAAACUAAAGAAAAGGAUGUUGAAAGAAAAAAUUCUGAAAAAGAGAAGAAGAUCAAGCAUGAGCAUAAGUCAGAGAAAGAUAAAUUAGAUCUUAGUGACUGUGUUGACAGAAUAAAAGAAAAAGACAAGCUGUAUUCACAUCACAUAGAGAAAUGCCAUAAAGAAGGUGAAAAGGUGAAAAAUAUUACCACUAUUAAAAAAGCUGACGAUAGAGAGAAAAGUAGAGAAAAGAUGGACAGAAAACAUGACAAAGAAAAACCUGAAAAAGAGAGGCAUCUAGCAGAAAGCAAAGAAAAGCACUUGAUGGAAAAAAAAAACAAACAAUCAGACAACAGUGACUAUACUAAAUCAGAAAAAAGCAAAAAUAAAGAAAAAGACAGGGAGGUAGAUAAAAAGGAAAAAUCUAGAGAUAAAGAAAGUGUAAAUACAACUAACUCCAAACACUUCCAGGAAGAGAAGAAGUCAAGUAUGGCAGACAGUAGUAAAGCACAACAUGAGAAAACUUUAUCCCUUAAAGAAAAAACAAAAGAUGAGCCUUUGAAAACCCCUGAUGGAAAAGAAAAAGAUAAAAAAGACAAAGAUAUAGACAGAUACAAAGAACGAGAUAAGCACAAAGAUAAAAUUCAACUAAAUAGUUUAUUCAAACUAAAAUCGGAAGCAGAUAAACCUAAACUUAAGUCAUCACCAGCAUCAAAAGAUACUCGACCUAAAGAAAAGAGGUUAGUGAAUGAUGAUUUAAUGCAGACAAGUUUUGAACGAAUGCUAAGCCUUAAAGACCUAGAAAUAGAGCAGUGGCACAAAAAACAUAAGGAAAAAAUUAAGCAGAAAGAAAAGGAGCGGUUGAGAAAUCGGAAUUGUUUAGAACUUAAAGUAAAAGAUAAAGAAAAAAAGCAUGUACUAGCUGAGUCUAAAAAUAAAGAACUUACUAGGUCCAAGAGUUCAGAGUUGACUGAUGCUUAUACCAAGGAGAAACAGUCUAAAGAUGCUGUAAGUAACAGAUCACAAUCUGUUGAUGCCAAAAAUAUCAUGAAUUUAGGGAAGUCAUCUUUUGUUUCAGAUAAUAUCUUAAACAGAUCUCCUAGAUCAGAAAGUGAAAAACCAGGUCUCAGCUCUAGAUCUGUAUCCAUGAUUUCGGUUGCUAGCUCAGAAGAUUCCUGCCAUACUACAGUGACAACCCCCAGGCCUCCAAUUGAGUAUGACUCUGACUUUAUGUUGGAGGGUUCUGAUUCCCAAAUGUCCUUUUCCCAGUCACCUUUUUUGCCAAUUGCCAAAUCUCCUGCCCUUCAUGAAAGGGAAUUAGAUAGCUUGGCUGAACUGCCAGAGCGGAUUAAGCCACCAUUUACAAGCAGACUUCCAACAUCCCAUCUCCGAUCAUCUUCUGUAGAAGAUGUCAAACUAGUGAUAAAUGAGGGGAGACCAGCUGUAGAAGUUCGAAGGUGUAGCAUGCCAUCAGUCAUUUGUGAACAUACAAAACAAUUCCAAACAGUAUCAGAAGAAAACAAUCAAGGUGGCUUAGCUGUGCCAAGAGAUAUUUGUCCUUCUCCCAAACCUGAGGUGUCCUUAAAUGUGCCUGAAAGAGAACUUUCAAAUAUGUCUAACAUACAUUCCAGUUUUGCAGCGUCUCCAACUAGAUCUGUAAACAGCAAAUAUAUUUCAGCUGAUAUAAAUGUUAUCAAGAGUACUGUUCCAGUGGGCACUUUAAUGGACAGUCCUGUGCAUUUAGAGCCAUCUAAUCAGGUUGGUGUGAUCCAAAAUAAAUCAUGGGAGGUACCUGUUGAUAGUAGACUGGAAUCCUUAAGCACCAGUGACUUUAUCUGCCCAAAUUCUGGUACACCUGAUCAAGAUUCUUCUGUUCAAGGCUUUUGUAAUUCUGAAAACAAAAUACUGAAAGAACAGAACACUGAUUUUUUAUCCCUGCACCAGACUGAACUGCCAGGAAACUCUUGUGCUCAGGAUCCAGCGUCCUUUCUGCCUUCCCAACAACCUUGCUCUUUCCACAGCCAAUCACUUUCAGAUGCUGAAUCUAUUUCUAAACAUAUGUCUAUGUCAUAUGUUGCCAAUCAAGAGUCGAGUAUUUUGCAACAGAAAAACGCAGUUCAAAUUAUCAAUUCUGUUUUAGAUACUGACAAUGAAUCUACAAAAGAGGUAGAGAAUACUUUUGUCUUAACAGAUGUUCAGAAGACAGAUGCCUUUGUCCCAUUGUACUCUGAAAGCAGUGUUCAAGAAGCAGCACCAAAUUUUGAAAAGGCUAAUACUUUACCUGUAUUACCAUCAGAAAAAGACUUUAGUGGAAACGAUGCCUCUUCCCAGCUAAAUACACAUUAUGCGUUUGGCAAAUUCAUGUAUAAGUCUUCCAGUGGCCAUGAAGUUGAGAGUAGCACUUCUGAUAUUCAGGUUAUUUCACAUGAGAAAGAAAACAAACUGGAGAGUUUGGUCUUAACUCAUUUGAAUGAUAAAUGUGAUUCUGAUUUGUGUGAAAUGAGUGCCACGAUCCCAAAAGGGAACCUAAAUGAACAAGAUAAUCCAAAACAUUGUCCUGAAGGUGAAAAGUGUUUGCUUUCCAUUGAAGAUGAAGAAUCACAACAAAGCACUUUAUCAAGUCUGGAAAACCAUUUGCAACAGUCAGCUCAACCAGAGAUGCAUAAAUAUGGUCAAUUAGGUAAAGUAGAAUUAGAAGAAAAUGCUGAAGAUGAUAAGACCGAAAACCAAAUCCCUCAAAGGAUAACUAGAAACAAAGCGAAUACAGUGGCAAAUCAAAGCAAACAGAUUCUUGCUAGCUGUACACUACUAUCAGAAAAAGACAGCGACUCUUCAUCUCCUAGAGGAAGAAUAAGAUUAACUGAAGAAGAUGAUCCUCAAAUUCACCACCCACGGAAAAGGAAAGUAUCCCGUGUACCUCAGCCUGUGCAAGUGAGUCCCUCUUUACUACAAGCAAAAGAGAAAACUCAGCAGUCUCUGGCAGCCAUCGUAGAUUCUCUGAAACUAGAUGAGAUUCAGCCAUACAGUUCAGAGCGAGCAAAUCCAUAUUUCGAAUACUUGCAUAUAAGGAAAAAAAUUGAAGAAAAGCGCAAAUUGUUGUGUAGUGUUAUUCCUCAAGCACCUCAGUAUUAUGAUGAAUAUGUGACAUUUAAUGGCUCAUACCUCCUGGAUGGAAACCCCUUAAGCAAGAUUUGCAUUCCCACAAUUACACCACCACCUUCACUGUCAGAUCCACUUAAAGAGCUUUUUCGGCAACAGGAAGUUGUAAGGAUGAAACUACGUUUGCAACACAGUAUUGAAAGGGAAAAACUUAUUGUGUCCAAUGAACAGGAAGUUCUGCGAGUUCAUUACAGAGCUGCAAGAACAUUGGCAAAUCAAACACUGCCAUUUAGCGCGUGCACUGUUUUACUGGAUGCAGAAGUAUACAGUGUCCCACUGGACGCUCAGUCUGAUGACAGUAAAACUUCUGUGAGGGAUCGCUUUAACGCAAGACAGUUCAUGUCUUGGUUGCAAGAUGUGGAUGAUAAAUUUGACAAAUUAAAGACCUGUCUUUUAAUGAGGCAACAACAUGAAGCUGCAGCUUUAAAUGCCGUCCAGAGAUUAGAAUGGCAGCUCAAACUCCAGGAACUUGAUCCUGCCACCUAUAAAUCUCUCAGCAUUUAUGAGAUCCAGGAGUUUUAUGUUCCCCUCGUUGAUGUUAAUGAUGAUUUUGAAUUGACUCCUAUAUAGCAACCGUUACUUCCGGUGGUAUCGUCUUAAACUGAUGCGGCUCAAGAGUCUUAAACUGUGGAACACUGCCUUUGAGAAAAAUACUGCUAUUCUGCCUUUACAGUUGUUGAGUAAAGUUUGACUGAAGUUGGUUAUGUAGUAAACACUGUCAUUUUGUAAACAACGAAAAGAGAAUUAUUUUGGAUCCAAGGUCCAAACAGUUUCUAACUGAAAUCUAUUAUUUAUAUUGGUGAGAGGUAACUAUUGCAUUAGAGCAUGUUGGCCGACUGAGGGAGAUACUUUAAAAGUUGAGAAUCUGCUAACAGCACCGAAAGUUGUUAGCACUCCUAAGUAACAAGGUAACCACUAGUCUUCACAUCUCUUUCAAGUUUUAUUAAAAUCUGUCCGUAAACUAAAAGGUUCAGUUCCUACCAAAUAGUUUCUAAUGUGGAAGAAAAACGUGGCACAAAAUUUCUUCAGUUUAUUAUAUCUGUAAAUUAACUGUACAGUUUUCUUUUCAAAAGUUUUAAUAUUGUCUUCCUUUUUAAUAACUUAUUUUAUACAUAUUGUGCAGAUGUAAAUCUUGUAAUUAAUGGUCAGAAUGUAUACAAAGGGAUUGGUAGUCAAAACAUGUACAAAGAAAUAAUUGUAAAACUGUUCUGUCUGAUGUUUUCUUGGACCAAAGUUGUAGUUUGUAUGGAGUGUAGUGGUAGUGUGUUCACGUAGCAAAACUUUUAAAUAAGGCAUGCAUGUGUUUGAGUUAGCUUGUUUUCAUCACCAUAACUGUAAAGGUUGUGACUUAGUUGUACUGCAUGCUUCCUAUAAUUUAACUCUCUCCAUAAGCGAUGCCUAAAGUAGUGUAGGGUGUUUUCAUGCCAGUCUCCUGGGAUAGUACCUAUGACUCACUAUGUUGGACAUAUUAUUUAGAAUUAGUCAUACAAAGAAACAGCUCUUUUUUCAUCUCACGGUAGAACCUGUUCCCCUCUCCCAAAAUGCCUUUGAAUGAAAAUUCUGAAAUUGUAAAUGUCUAUUUUAAUACUCAAGUAUGAAAGAAUCUGUGAAUAUAUGUAAAUAUGUUUAAUAAAUUUUAUUGGUCAUGUUAAA